UGUACAGCUGUCAGUUAGUGUAUAGUUAGUGUUAACAGAGUUAGUUAAAUUAAUAAUCAGCACUAAUAGUUAGUUAGAAGUUGUUAGUCAAUUAGUUAGACAUAUUUUACUUCUAUAAAUAUAAGUGUAGUAGUCAUAACAAGGGAGUGAGUUGUAUAAGAAAUUCUGGAAGCUUCUACUGUUGAAUGUGAAGCAUAUUCUUCUUCUUCAUUCUUCUUCUUCUACAUUGUUACUGUUCAUCAUUUAGGUGUUCAGAUUCUCUUGUUUUUUACAUGGUAUCAGAGCUGGGAGGACAAUUUUAAGAGUUUGCAGAAUCAAGUUUUGCUUAGAUUUGCUUGAUUAUGGCAAUCGAGGAGCAAUCUGGAGGAUCGGGUGACAGAUCUCAAGGGGAAACCAUUAAUGGUAACAUUGUGACAAUUGAUCACAAUCAUCCCCUGCAUUUGAGUUCAUCUGAUGUGCCAGGGGCAUUGUCAAUUGGGAUUCAAUUGACAGGGAUGGAGAAUUAUACACUUUGGAGUCGAGCUAUGGAAAUUGCAUUGCUUGGGAGGAAUAAACUGGGAUUUGUUGAUGGAUCUGUUCUGCGAAUCAAUUUUGAAGGAGAUUUGAAGAAAACUUGGGAUCGAUGCAAUGCAGUCGUCAUCUCUUGGCUCAUAUGCAAUGUGAGCAAGGAAUUACCAGUGGAAUACUGUAUUCAACCAGUGCAUAUCAGGUAUGGCUUGAUCUUAAGGAGCGUUUUGAUAAAAUAAAUGGAUCUAGACUUUAUCAGCUGCACAGGAGCAUUUUCACUCUUACACAAGGAGUUUUAACAGUGUCUGCCUAUUUUACGAAAUUAAAAAACUUGUGGGAUGAAUACGAUUCUAUUUUACCCCCACCAAGUUGUGAUUGUUUCAAGGCCAAGGAGUAUGUGUAGCAGAUGCAAUAUCAAAGACUACUUCAGUUUCUAAUGGGGCUGAAUGAUAACUAUUCACAAGCUAGGGGUCAGAUUCUUAUGAUGAAUAGUUUGCCUACUAUAAAUCAAGCCUAUGCAUUAGUGAUGCAGGAUGAAAGCCAGAAAGGAAUUGCAGGAACUGUUAAUGAAAGAAUGGAGUCUUUAGCACUGUACACAGCUAGAAAUAAUAGGAAUCAGCAAUUCAGUAACAUGCCCAGGAAGAACUAUCAAUCUCUAUAUUGUGAUUUCUGUAAUAUGAAGGGGCAUAUUAAGGCUGAUUGCAACAAAUUGAAGAAAUGUGAUCAUUGUCAUGCAACUGGACAUGUAAAGGGAAAUUGCUAUCAGUUAAUUGGUUAUCCAGAAAAUUUUAAAGGAAAGAAAAGGGUGAAUUCAGUGUUUGCAGGAGGAACU